AUGGGCCGAAAACAAAGAAACAAUCAUAAUAGAACUCCCAUUACCCAAUUAAGGCCAGAUGGCUCCAUGAUUAAGAAAAUACCUUCUUCAUUGAAACCAUCAAGGACGAGAAAGCUUAUCAGACGAUUUCAUACACUACUAAAAUAUAAAAGUGAAAUAUUCAAUCACUUAAGUCAUAACAACCCUUACCAAAUUAACGAGACAAACUACUUAGAAUAUCUAAAAACAAAACCAGAUCUAUUAAAGAGUUAUAACGACUCGAAAGCGAAAAUCAUAAAAACGUUCAACGUGAAGCGGUCAACCUUAAGGGAUGAUGGGAUCAAAAAUAUCCAAACUAUGACGACUCUUAGCACAAAGCAAAUUUCUCAACUAGUAGGAGAAAUCGAUGGAGAAAUCGAAAAAAGAGGUGGGCUUAAGGUUUAUCAGGCUGCUUCAAUCAAGGGUCAAGACAGUAAACGUGGAGGUGAUACAUCCAAAAAGAUGGCUGCCUGGAUCAAGAAAGAUAAAAUUUGGAGUUCCGAUAUGCAAAACGGAAAACCAACAGCUCUUGAAAUAGGAUCUCUUUCUUCAAAAAACUGUAUAAGUACUUGCAAAAUAUUUGGUGAUGUCACACGGAUAGAUCUAAAUUCUCAAGAACCUGGAAAGAUAGAAAAGCAAGACUUUUUUGAUAGAACAAUACCAACAAGUAAUAAUGACAGAUUUGAUCUAGUAUCAUGCUCUUUAGUGGUGAACUUUGUGCCGAAACCGAGCCUAAGGGGAGAGAUGCUCUUAAGAAUAACAAAAUUUCUAAAAGAACCCGAAAAUGCAUUUGAUCACAAGCCCCUCCUAUUCUUUGUGAUUCCUCUUCCAUGUGUGAUAAACUCCAGAUACUGCAAUAAAGAAGUCAUGGAUGCAAUAUUCAAGAACCUUGGAUUUACCUGUGUGAGAUCUUAUGACUCACACAAAUUGGCGUAUUGGCUUCUAGAAUGGCAUGGAUCAAAAGCAGUGAACUUUAAAUUCAAAUCUGCAAAAAAAGAGGUUCGAUCGGGAUCAAAAAGAAACAAUUUCUGCAUUGUGCUUGAAAAGAAAGCGGAAUGA